UACACAUUCCAAAUUGAAAUUGUACCUCCAGCGCAUCGCUCAUUCUUACUUCCGAUUUCUUUCUGCCAUUACUCCAACUCUAGAAACAUCUUUCCUUCCCCUUCGGCUCACAGGUCGAUUCCACAAUUCACUUUUCUUCCAUAUCCAUAAAGAAAUGCAGGGUGGAAGAGAUCCUUUCUUUGGCUUUGGAAACCCUUUUGGAGGUAGUAUUGGUGGAUUUGGAUCUGACAGAAGCUUAAUGUCAAGUUUUUUUGGCGGGAGGGAUCCUUUUGACGAUCCGUUCUUCACACAACCGUUUGGAGGCAUUUUUGGGCCAGGCAUUGUUGGGCCCGGUGAACAACAAUUUAUGGGCCCAAAUCAGGCUAGAUUUCAUGAAGCAAUGUGUUUUCCUCCUAGCAGAAGUCAAUUUAUGGGUUCACAUCCAGUUGAACUCAUUGAACACCGACCCGUCCCACCCACUAUUUCCCGUGGGCCUAUAAUUGAAGAGUUAAAUUCUGAUGAUGAACAUGAAGAGAAAAAGGGGACGACUGGGAAGGGAAAUCCAAGAAAGCAUGGAAGAUUGAGUGAAGAGGCUUUUGUUCAAGACCCAGAAGAGCGGAGGAGUAAGCAAAUUCACUAUGCGAAUGAUUUUAGUCUGAAGCAACAUUUUCAACCACAUCCACAGGCUCAAAGUUUUUCUUUCAAGAGUUCAACUGUUUCUUAUGGCGGGGCUAAUGGUGCAUAUUAUACUUCAUCUAGAAUCAGGGGAACAGGGAGUGAUGGUUUGACAUUUGAAGAAUGCAAAGAAGCUGACUCUGCCAGUGGUAGAGCAAAUCAUAAGAUUUCAAGGGGGAUACAUGAUAAGGGCCAUUCUGUGGUGCGAAAACUUAAUCCAGAUGGCAGAGUUGACACAAUGCAAGCUUUGCAUAAUAUUAAUGAAGAUGAACUUCCCAGUUUUGAGGAAGCAUGGAAGGGAAAGGCUAAACUGCAUCUUCCUGGUUGGAUGGGGGAGGGGUUGGAUGCCGAAAAUGCUAUAGGAGUUGGAAGCAGUGGUGGGGUGAGCAGGGCGGGAGGCAGGGGAGGGUGGGCACUUCCUUCAACAGAGAGAACAAUGCAAUAUCAUCGGUCCAAGUCAAAGUUCAAAUACGAAGGAGGAGAUAGAACCGCGGCAGCAGGUCAGUAUGUGCACCAGCAACCAACUGGUGCAAUAGUGAAAGAGCACAACAGUAUGGGGAGACAUAUCAACCGCGGCGACGACGACUUCAGCAUCAACAAGUAAAUAUAUCAAUGUCCUCAUAAACCAUACACACCCACAAUAUUCCCUCUAGGUGGCACCUUUUGGCAUUUACUUAUUCAGUAAUAAAAAUUCUGCUAUAGUUGCCCCUCAACAAUUGCAGACUAAAACUUGCGAUUAUCUAUAUUUUAUAACAUAAAUAUAUGUACUAAUCAUCUUCUAACUAUUCACGAUUUAGAAUUAUUAUUCUCAUUAUUAAAAUAGUUAGAAAAUCAUGAUUAUGAUUUCUAAGGUGGGUGAUAAUGUGGCACACAAUUUCUCCUACAAAUAGGAGUCUUCAAUUCUUCAUAAUAUUCGCACAAAUCAUCACAAUAUUCAUAAUAUAGUCUCUCCUAAUCUUCUAUUA